UCACAAUAGAAAAGUUUAUAUACAGGACUACAGUAAGGAAUAUACUUUAUGGAUCACCAUAAAGUAUAUUCCUCACUGUAUUUUAAUCCAUGUGAGAAUUAUCCCCAAGGUAGAUAAGGAGAAAAAAAGAUUAUAUUGGGUUUUUCAGGGAAUUUGUAUCCUACUCGUUAAAUCAUGGAUUAAAUGCUUUUCAAAAAAUCAAUUUAAUCCAUUCCCAAAUUAAAUGCUUCCAAAAUUUGUUGGACGAGGUAUACAUGCGCAGUCUUAGAUUUCAUAAUUGUCUAAAAACCUAUCCUAAAAAUUUGACCCUAUCUGACUCUUUUUGUCUCUUAAACUGGUGUCAGGCAUCCAUCAGCUAUUCUCAUGUCAUUCCUUUCUAAACAUUCAGGACCUUUAUUCAAGCAGAUCCUAUCCUGCAAGUUACACUCCUACAAACAUGCUGCCUUUAAAAUCAUCUUCACACCAUCAUAUAUCACCAGGUGCAUAUGUAUACAUCAUUAAUGCUGGCUAAGAGACAAGAUAAUUUUGGAGGGUGGUAUAUUGCAGAUUUUAUUCAUAAAAUAGUAUUUUUACCAGCUUUGGCAGGCAAUAACCAAUAUCAAGCAGGAAUAAGUUGGUACUGUAACAGCAUUUUUACUUAACACAACAUUUUUUUAACCUUUGUGUAGUUAUAUUUUCUUUUUAGUGAUAUUAUUUUCAAAAUGAAGUAUCUUGUUCUCGUUGGUGGGUUUGGUAAAAGUAUUGAAACUUUUAUACUGGAAAUUACUGAACAACCAAGUCUUACAUUUAACAAAUCUUUUGAGGUAGAUGACAAACCAGCAUUUUUAGAUGCAGUUGACGAAAAGAUUUACUGUGUUCAUGAGGUUUCAUCAUACAAAGGAGAAAAAAGUGGUGGUUUAUCUCACCUUAAGGUUGAUGGAACCAGUUUAUUGUAUAUUCAAUCACAAUUCUCCUGUGGGGAAGACCCUUGUCAUAUUACCAUUAAUUCCAAAUAUAAUUGUGCAUAUGUUACUAAUUAUGCAUCUGGACAUUUUGCUGUAGCAAAAGUAAAAGAGAAUGGCUUUCUUGGUGGUGGGUUGUACAUUGAAAGUUAUGAUAAUGGUAGUGGUGUGAAUCAAGAACGACAAGAGCAAAGCCACCCACAUGGCACAUGUUUUAAAGGGAAAUAUGUCUAUGUUGUUGACUUAGGGGCUGACAAAAUCUGGCAUUACCAACAUGGUAAUGGAACAGAAUUUAAUACUGGAAGUCCUGCUUUUACUGACACGCCCCCAGGGUCUGGACCAAGGCACAUGGUUUUUCAUCCUACUUAUAACGCUGCUUUUUUGGUAACGGAGUUGAGUAAUGAGGUUUUAGUUUAUAAAUUUAAGGAAAGUAAUGGUAGCUUGGAGAUGAUUGAGUCGUAUAAGUUUCUUUUCAAUGACCAAGAAGGUGAGAAUUACGGUGCAGAGAUAGCAGUUCACCCAAAUGGAAAGUUUUUAUAUCUAAGCAACCGUGUCAAUGGAGCUUUGGUGUCCUUCCGUAUUAAUAGCAAUAUGAAAUUGGAAAAAAUCGAGUGCUUCCCAACUCUUGGUACAUGGCCUAGGCAUUUUGGUAUUGAUCCUUCAGGCAGAGUAUUAUUGUGUGCAGAUCAAUUUAAGGAUCUAAUUGAAGUCUUAGCUAUUGAUGAACAGUCUGGAAAACUUGAGAGGAUUCAAACCGUUGAUUGCAAGAAUAGGCCAUCAUGCGUAAUUUUUAAAUCCCUUCCAUCAACUUAAUAGAGUAUGUUUCUUUGCUACUGAAUUUUGAUAAACAACACUGCAAAAAAGUAAUUAAAGAGCUUGGGACCUAUAUAAGAACUUUUAGGGAAGAAAAUUUUGCUGCAUGAAAAUUUUGCAGUUUUAAGUCUAAAAGGUAGUAAACAGCAAAAUUAAAAUGCCACGAAAAAUGCAGUUUUUGCUUGACUGAAUUUCUCACAUCUCCCCUAACAGCAAAAUUUUCAUACCACGAAAUUUUCAUGCUAUUAAGCAAUUUAAAAUCCUGGCAUUUUCCUUAUUUUCAGAAAAUUUUCUGCUAGAUUACAUAGAAAAUAAUUUACAAAGAGGAGGUGUGGUUUGUGGUUGCUACUACGAUCAACGUAGCCUGUUAAGUCUUUGAGAAUAGUCUACUAGGUUUUCAUCCUUAAAAAUUAUAGAGACAUUUUCUCUGUGUUUUGGUAAAGGUUGUUUGCUGAUAACUAUUUUUUGUUUCCAAUAUAAUUUGAAUCUGCAAAUUUGAUUUCUACUCAACCUCGAUUUAUUGUAAAUGUUAACGAUUGAUUUUUAUACAUAUUAAAUUUUAUAGAAAUAUACAUUUAUUCAAACAAUAGUGAUAUUUUUACUCCCUUCUCCAUUCAACGCUUAGAAAUUAUUGCAAAAAGAGGAUUGUUAUUAGAGGUUAUUUUUGUUUUCACAACUUAUAAUUUUUAUUUACACUUAACUUAUUGAUAAUAUUUGGUAACUCAUGACUAUUUGUAAAAGUUAGUAAACGUCCUUUCGUUAUCGUUAUAUUUCGUUUAUAAUGUAACUUUUUUUGCUUUGCAAAAUUAAGUACUGCAAGAUUAGUAUAAUUUCUGUCGUUAUUUGCAGAUCUAUAAUUGUUUACUUUUUGUGUUUUCAGAAUUUUUAUAAAUGUUGCAUUCUAAAUUUUGCUGCUGUGUAUCUCACGUGAUUCUUUUUGUUUCAUAACUAAUGCUACAAUUAAGUGCUGUUUGUAACAUCUAUUAAUCAAAAAAUAUUCUAAUUCAAAAAAAAAAUGAUAACUUGUAUAACUUUUUGUUUUAAUUAUUAGAAUUGUAUAUUUGUGUGAUCUAACAGGACAAUAUGCAAGUUGUAUAUCUUAUACUAAAAUUUUCUUGUUCAUAAACUUCUGUUGUGGGACUCAUAAGUUGUAUCUAUGGCUAGUUUUAAAAAUACUUUGUAUUUAAAGGUCGAUAUAUCAAUAAAGAAUGGCAACUUCGAAGUUGGUAUGUCUUGUUACUGGUGGAGCUUCUGGAUUGGGAAGAGCAACAGCUGCUCGAUUGGCGAAAA